GCUCACACACAAGGGCGCGAUGUUUCGAACGAGCCCUUCGCGGUGGCUGAAGACGACUUUGAGGUGGUUACCUUCAGUGAACAUGGAUUUUUGAUCGCAAAAACUUCGCGACCCAAAGGCCAUGGCGGAAAGGAGGGCGCGGAGCAGCCGACGCGAAACCUCGUCGGAUUCAAGACCAACUACAUAGUCAUGUUGGGCGUAUGCGCACAGAACAAACUGGACGACGCGCUUGGACUAUUCAAGGCCAUGCGUGAAGACGCUAUGAAGAUGUAA